AUGGCCGCCGAGAUCGAGUGGCUCUUCGAUGGUGCGAAGACGCCCGUGACGCCGUCGACGCAGCAAGGCUACGCCUGGCCGCUCGAGCAGCGGCUCCGUGAGUCCACGGCGCAGUUCGUGAUGGAUCUCACAGCCAAGAUGCACAUGCCCCGGGCGACGGCGACGACGGGCCUCGUGUACAUGAACCGCUUCUUCUGCGUGCACGCCUUCCAGGACCACGACCGGUUCCUCGUCGGCGCCAGCUGCGUGUACGUGGCGGCGAAAGCCACCGAGUGCGCCAUGAAGCUCACGGACUUUACCGAGCGCACGGUGAUUUUGCUGGACGACUGCCGCGACAAGUCGCAGAUGCCCCACGCCGCCGAGAUUGAGCACGUCAAAGCCAAGCUGCGCCAGUACGAGGUCAUUCUGCUCAACACGCUCUCGUACAACCUCAUCGUCGCCAACCCGUACCACCUCGUGCUCCUCAAACUGGAAAACGUCCAGGCGAUUCUCAACAUGCCACUGGAGGACGUUCGCGACAUGGCCUGGUGCUUCGCCACGGAUGCCAUCCGCGGUAUCCUCGGCAUGCAGUUCACCAUGGACGAAAUCGCGGCUGGCAGCGUCUACCUGUCUUACGUCUUCCACGAGAUUCCGUGGGACACGAUGACAACCGAUGGCCGCGAGCGCUGGUGGGCCGUCCUCGGUCUGCCUCAAGCCGACCUGGACUGCGUGAGCGCGGCGCUCAUCGGCCUGUACGCCGCCAUCAAGGAUCGCGCACCGCCGCCGUUCGGUCGCCUCGUGGCGCGCUAUCCAACGUCCAAAAGAUACUCUGCGCGAAGCACGCUCAAGCCUCCGAGCCGCCAGGAACCCAAGCAGAGCAGUCGACAGCAGACGACGCGGUAAAUUAAAAAAAUCAACCUGAUGCGCAG